AUGUCCGGUCAAUCGCUCGAUCUCUCCGCCUAUACACGUGGCUGCGUCGCGCAGCAAGAGGCGUUUGCUCAAGCGCUGCUGCGGGAACUCACACAGUUCGGCUUUGUGAAGCUGGUUCACCAUGGCCUCUCGGACGAGGAUGUUGGCGCUCUCUUCGACUGGACGCGGAAAUUCUUCGCUCUGCCUAGCUCGGAAAAAGUGCGACUCGCGCAUCCCGCGGGCCCUGAGCCUCAGCGGGGCUGGAGUUGCGUGGGCGCGGAGAGGACCUCCAAGCUUUACCGCGCGGGGCUCGGCGAGACGAACAUUGACGAAGAGCGAUUCGAUGCGCGGGAGCAUUUUGACCUCGGACCCCCCGACGACAGAGCAUGGCCUAACCGGUGGCCAGAUGAGCGUUGUCUGCCGGGCUUUCAGGAGUUCCUGGAGCGGUACUACCGCAACUGCGCGGCGGUCAGCUCAGUGGUGCUCGCGGCGCUCGAGCAGGCGCUGGGGCUGCCCGCCGGGGCCUUUCGCGAACGUUGUACGCACACGGCGAGCGAGCUCCGUUUGAACCACUACCCGGCCAUCGAGGUCGAGGAGCUGCGACGCGGAGUCGUCAACCGCAUAUGGCCGCACACCGACUUGGGGGUCAUCACCUGCCUGUUUCAGGAUGGCACGGGGGGGCUCGAGAUGGAGGACCGCGCCAGCACGGCGGCCGGACACAAGCAGGCGUUCCUCCCCGUGGCCCAGGGACCCGAGGGGGCGCCGGCGGAGAUGAUCGUCAGCAUCAGUGAGACGCUGCAGCGUUGGACCAAUGGUCGACUGCCGGCCGCGGUGCAUCGGGUCGAGCUCGCGCCACAUCUGAAGACGCUGCAGCAGGGGCUGGUCCCGCAGCGCUUCUCCAACGCGUUUUUCGUCAAGGCCGACCGCGAGGUCUCCGUCGCGCCGCUCCCUCAGUUUCUCGCACCGAAGACACCCGCCCUGUAUGAGGAGAUGUCAGCAUUGGAGUAUCAUCGCUUUCGGGUUGCCCAGGCCUAUCGUGGGUGACGACCGGGCAUUCGCCUCGAGUGUUGUUAGGGUUGCGAUGUGGGCUGGUGUUCUUCGGUGCCCGUACCUGAUCUCGUAUCUUGAAAUACCAGACCCACAGUCGUACAGUACAGGCAAUGUGAAAUGGGAACCUGCUGUACUGUACCUGCAAUGUACAUACAGCAUAAACAUCAACUCGGACAGUGCUGGGUGCCGCUUGGAAUAUAUUGCGAGUGGCUCCAGCUUCAGUAUAAUCACGUAUCCACUCCUACACGCCUGUCAUGAUUCACUCGUGCGCAUCCGACCGUCUUGCACGAAUGUUCCCCCAACGAUGCCCAAAUUAACCAUCACCAUCCUCGGCUGCGGUAUCGUAUCUCUCCAUUCCUUCCUUUCCGUCUUGGCCUUCGCAUGUCCACCAGAGACAGACUGAUUGAUUCCCGAACCCCCCAGUGUACG